AAACAUGUCUAUGUGGUGGGGUUGACAAUUUGUUUUGGGGGCGUACUAAAAUUAAUAGGGGCUAGUAAAAUCAUAAAUUGGAAUAUUCUGAUAUUAUGCACACUUCAAAGAACUAGGGCAAUCAUUAUUUUGAUAAAAAUGGCACAAUCUCAGUUCAGCUCUGUUGAUGAGUAUGGAUUCGAACGACACGAUGAUUUUGACUAUCAUAGUUACGAGGAUUUCAUGUCGGUGUAUUUAAAAGUACUCGCAACAAGAGCUCAGAAAUGGGCAACACUCCUCGGAGAAGGAAAGUCGGUCAAAAGAACUACCACUGUGAAACGUUACGUGCGUAAAGGAAUCCCUAGUGAACAUCGCCCAUCAGUUUGGAUGGCAAUAUCAGUAGCCGAUAUGAUGAAACAACAGCAACCAGACUUAUAUCAAAAGAUAUUGGACAGCCCAUUUGAGAAAGAGCUUGUAGACCUUGUCAAAACAGAUUUGCCUAGGACAUUUCCGGAUAACAUAUUCUUUGCCAAGGAAGCUAAUCAUCAGACUCACCUUUUCAACAUACUCAUAGCAUAUUCACAUAGUAAUAGAGUGGUUGGGUACUGUCAGGGUUUAAAUUAUAUUGCUGGACUAUUAUUAUUAGCUACGAAGAGUGAAGAAAUUUCCUUUUGGCUUCUUAAAGUAUUAGUGGAAAAAAUUCUACCUGAUUACUACACAAGAACAAUGGAUGGGUUGAUAGUGGAUAUUGAAGUGUUAUCAGAACUAGUCAAAUCUAAAGUACCUGAUGUUCACCAACAUGUGAUAAACUUAGGUUUGCCAUGGGCUGUCAUCACUACAAAAUGGUUUGUGUGUUUAUUUGCUGAAGUCUUACCUAUUGAAACAGUACUGAGGAUAUGGGACUGUUUAUUCUAUGAAGGAUCAAAGAUAUUGUUCAGAGUGUGCAUUACUCUGAUAAAAAGUAACAGAAGCGCAAUAAUGGCAUGUAAUGAUUUUACAUCACUAGCAGAGUGCUUCAAAGUAAUUGUUAAAAAUGCCAGUGCAUUACAUUGCCAUGAAUUUAUGCAGUCAAUUUUUAAAGUACCUGGAACACUGUCAAACUCUACUAUUGCCAAAUUAAGAGCAAGAUUUGCAAAACAGCGCCAAGAACAACAACAAAAGGAACCACGAUGAAGCAACUUUAUAAUAUGAAAAAUUUGAUCUCAUUCACCAAUAACAGCUACCAGACUUCAACACUUGUCUGGAAAACUCCUCUGUUGCAUAAUAAACAAACUAGUUUUCUUCUAAAACAGGGAAUGAAGAUCAAAAUUUAUACACAUUUUUGAUAAAUGAAUUAGUAUACAACUUGUAUGACCACACUCAGAAAUCAAUUAAAUGUUUUGCUUAGUAAUGAUACACAUAUAAACACAAACAUUGUUUUGGCUAGUAUGAUGCUUGUCUUUGUCUAGCAACACAUUAUAAUAAAAAGGACAAGUAUAUUUCACCAUCCUAGUAUCCAAUAAAAAAAAGCCAUUACAACAGCAAGAAGCCUAAAAUCUUGAACUUUAGUCAAAUAAUUAACAUCCUAAGUGCAGUCAUUAAUG